CCGCAAAACGAGCACAUCGAGUUACAUCGUAAAAGGCACGGCCGUCGCUUCGAUUAUGAAGAAAGAUUGCGAAAACGACUUGCACGAGCCGGUCAUGAACGUUCGCAAUAUGCAAAGAAGAUUCGUGGCAGAAAAGCAAAAUUAUAUCACAAAAAACGUUAUGCAGAAAAGGUUGAAAUGCGCAAGCUACUGCGGCAACAUGAGGAAAAACAACAAACUGGGACAGUUGAAGAACCGGAUAAGGGUGUUGUGCCGGCUUAUCUUCUGGAUCGGCGGCAACAAACAUCCGGCACUGUACUUUCUUCAAUGAUCAAGCAAAAGCGAAAAGAAAAAGCUGUAAGUUAUUUUUUUUUCGAUUUUCGGAAAAUUGAAUAG